AUGGCGAGCGUGGAAAAUCUUGUGAUUGAGUCGAUCCAGUUCACAAAUAACAGAACACUAAGGAAAUGGCAAAUAGUCACUGCAAUUGCAUGCAUAGUAGCCAUUGUUGUGACAGCAUUGCUCAUUUGGCAGGUCUCAAAGGAUGACACACAAUGCAAUGUCAAGACUCACAAUACAGUCAACCAAAACGGUGGAAAAGAAUCUGGAACUAAACAAGAGCAACCGACCUAUUGGCGACCUUGCCCUCGUCUGCCGAGCCUUAUUGCUUUGCCAGAAACCAUCCCUGAACCGUUAUCCAAGGCGCUCUCAAGAAUUGGUGAACUUGUCAACAACGCUGUCAACUCAACCGUACAGCUUCCUGCGAUAUCAGUCAGCGUUUUUUAUCAGAACCGCACUCUUUGGACUGGACAUUAUGGAAGCAAGGAAUACAAGAGGAAAAAUAAACCAGACGACAGGACCGUUUAUCGAAUUGGAAGCGUUACCAAGGUCUUCGUGGUCCUGAUGGUGUACAAGUUCUACGAGGAAGGUUUAAUCGACUCGCUUGACGAUCCACUGACCAAAUAUGUUCCUGAAUUUUACAUUCAAAAUCCAUACACCAUGAAAAAUAUCACAAUUAGGCAGAUCGCGAGCCAGAUGUCUGGGCUUCCUCGAGAGGCUCCAUGCUUUUAUGUUUGUGCUAAUGUCACCUCCCAGCAGGUGAUAAAACAGCUUGCUAAUCGAAGCUUGGUGAUGACUCCAGGAGUCAUGCCGUCUUAUAGUAACCUUGGAUACUCUUUGCUUGGAAGGUUGCUGACAGAGAAACUCUUAAAAAACCAAACUUUCGAAAGCUGGGUGAUUGGACGCAUCUUAAGGCCCCUUAACAUGACCAAUACCGGUUUCGACGUCACAGAACAAGUGCAACAAAACAUGGCCUUUCCGCACGACGAUAAAGGGAAAAGGAUGCCUUUUAUGAUAGUUGACUGGGUCGCACCUGCCGGGCAGAUGUACUCCACACUCGAGGACUUGACAAAGCUUGGAAUGAUGUUCAGUCAGCCAAACAAGCAAAACCUUUUCCGACCGUCGAGUCUCCGAGAGAUGAUGUACCCCAUGAACAUCGCCCCCGAUGGGGUCACCUUAUGGGGAGCUCCCUGGGAAAUGACCUUCAUCGAGCAAAAUCUCGUUCGGAAGAAAGGCGGCGCCAUUGAUUCGUACUCCGUGACAACCUCAGUGGUUCCAGAAUUACAGCUAGGCAUGAAUAUCCUUGUCAGUACUUCCUCCUUUAUCCCAGGAGGAGCAACAACGAACUUAAAUGUUUUUUACAAGAUACUUCUCCCGGCGUUAAACCAGACACUUUUUGGCUUACAAGGUUCGUCUAGAUUUCCUGUUGACCCAAAGCCUUACGUUGGAAACUACAGUUUGAAUGAAACCGAUGCGAUCACGUUAAAAGUCACUACAUCAUUGGCUGAAGUUGUAGCCAAAGAGGACGGACUUGUGGUGUUUUACUCUGGUGGACAGUUCGAGGUCCGUUAUAUUGGCCUUGAGUUUCUGUUUCAAGCACAAUUUGCAAAAUCAUCUGCUACUUGCUUUGGAGAACGAUUAGGAACGUAUCAGGAUUUUUACUUUUCCCCAUUCAAUAAUGAAGGUUAUUCGACAGGAUUUAAAGUCCCUGGCUACCCGAUGAUUGCAACACGCAUCUCCUGA